UGGAGCUGCUGGUGCCGUCGCCGCCUCCUCCUCCUCCUCUUCUUCUUCUCUCGCUUCUCUCCACAAACUUGCCAGCCAACCUCCGGACAGCGCCGCUUAUCCCGAGGCCAGCCUAAGGAACGGUUACGUGAAGGGAUGUGCGACCUCUUUGCCCCAGAGCCCCCCGUUGGGCUUCCUUUCGCUGCUCCCAGUCGCUUAUCGGGGGACUCUCUUCUUCAGUUUGUGCUCGGCGGUGGCCGCCACAGCGUUUCUCUCGUGGUGCCUCUGCUGGGGGGGCAGCGAGAGAAAGGAGGCGGCGGCGGUUGCCGCCGCGAGUCCCCGCGAGGCGGCCGGGUGGUUGCUGAUGCUCGGGCUGUGCCAGUGCCUGAGCCCUCUCUUCAGCCUCGCUUGCGCCUUUUUCUUCCUCACCUGCUACCUGUCCCGAGACGAGUCCGGCAGCCUAUGGUGGUUCCUGGCACUGCCCGUAUGUUGCUACUCAGGGGACUUGGUGGCGCUGCAGUGGUUCCUUCUGCCCCACCGGGGCGAAGCGGAGCAGGGCGCCCCCCAACCUCCGCCGGCUGAACUGCAGAUGGUGACAGGGCGGCUGCUGGCCACGCUGAGCACCGUGGCCGGGCUGACCCUCUUGCACCGCAGUCUCAGACUCCGCAGGAGCCUUUUGAUUUUGGUUUUCUCCAGCCUCGUGUGGCUGGUCUCGCUCACCAGCCUGGGCUCUCUGCCCCCGACCCUUAGGCCUCUGUUAUCCGGCUUGGUCGGGGUGGCGGGCUGUCUGUUGGCCCUGCUGAGUGGGGGUCGCUGCAUCUUCUCUUCUUGCCAUUCUUCAAGCCGAGGAACGCAGCACCAUCUCCAGCCUUCUCAUCCGAAGCUGACGGGUAGAGCCGAGGAGAAAGUGCCUGUGAUCCGAGCCAGGAGGCGAUCCAGCUGCGUGUCCUUGGGGGAGACUUCCACCAGUUACUAUGGCAGCUGCAAAAUGUCCAGGAGACCCUCGUUGCCUUGCAUUUCUAAGGAACAGAUGAUUCUUUGGGACUGGGAUCUAAAGCAGUGGUAUAAACCCCAUUAUCAGAUUGCUUGCAGUGGAACUGGAGUUGAUCCUUCUGUACUAAAUGAAGCUCGUAACAUGGUUUCUGACCUCCUGGGUGAUCCAGUCCUCCCCCCACAUAUGAUUUCUUCCCUUCGAAGUAUCAGUAGCUUGAUAAGUACCUUCUCAGGCACAUGCAGACCAAAAGUUAACCUGUUUACACCGUUUCCUGGAUUUUAUCCCUGUCCAGAAGUGGAAGACUCAUCUGAAAGAGGAGACCGUAAGCUGCACAAGGUACUGAACAGCCGAAAUAGCUUACCAACACCACAGUUGAGGAGGAGUUCUGGAACCUCAGGCUUGGUGCCUAUUGAACCAUCCUCUCGAUGGGAACGCAACAAUGGAAAGAGAUCUCAUCAUGAUUACAACAGUUCAAGCCAAGGAUCUUAUCCAAAUGGACCACUCAACACAAACCUAUUGACAAUACCAAAACAAAGAUCAUCUUCAGUGACCUUAGCUCAUAAUAUAGGAUCAAGACGAGCUGGAACUUCUCAGAAUCUAAUUCCUCUGGCUUCACCUAGUAAUGGAUUUGUCUACAGUGGAUAUCACCGAUCACCAGUAGAAUUUCCUGAUACAGCCGAUUUCCUUACUAAGCCAAGUAUUAAUAUGCAUAAAUCUCUGGGAUCUGCAUUUAUUUCUUCAGAUUUCCAGCCACAAUUUAGAACAUCUUCCCCUUAUAUAUGUAGUAGUUGUGGACAACAGAUAUUCAAGUCAGUUUCAGCCUCUCUAUCUGAAUCUAUAGCAGAAUAUCAGACCUGCAAAUCAGGUGAAGAUGGAAACAAUGAUGUUUCAAAAAAUUCCACCUACUUUACAGAGAAACAGCGUGAUGAAACAGGCAAAAGAGAUAAUCUCAGUAAUCAGAUGGAUCAGACUGAGAAUGAUCAACCAAAUAUAGAAGAUCCUUCAUUAGAAUUGAUGCUAAUAGAAGACCAUGAUUCAUUAAUGGAGAAAAUGAACAACUGGAAUUUCCAAAUAUUUGACCUUGUUCAAAAAAUGGGAGAUAAAUCUAGAAGAAUUCUUAGUCAGGUUGCAUUCACAUUGUUUCAAGACACUGGUUUAUUUGAAAUUUUCCAAAUUCCAACUCAGCAAUUCAUGAAUUACUUUCGAGCACUAGAAAAUGGUUACAGAGACAUUCCUUAUCACAAUCGAAUACAUGCAACAGAUGUUCUUCAUGCUGUGUGGUAUCUUACAACAAGACCAAUUCCUGGAUUUCAGCAAAUACACAGUGAUUCUGUGACAGGAAUUGACAUAGAUGAAGAAAAUGAUAUUUCUGCUGGCCAAGUUGCCUAUAUUUCCUCCAAGAGCUGUACUGUUGUUGGUGAAAAUUAUGAUUGCUUAGCUUCAAAUAUCCCAGCCUUAGAAUUAAUGGCUUUAUAUGUUGCAGCAGCUAUGCAUGAUUAUGAUCAUCCUGGUCGCACAAAUGCAUUUCUGGUAGCCACAACUGCUCCACAGGCUGUGCUAUACAACGACAGGUCAGUUCUGGAAAAUCAUCAUGCAGCCUCUGCAUGGAGUCUCUUCUUAUCUCUACCAGAAUACAACUUUCUAACUAAUCUUGAUCAUGUACAAUUCAAACGAUUUCGAUUCUUAGUGAUUGAAGCAAUCCUUGCCACAGAUCUCAAGAAACAUUUUGAUUUCCUUGCUGAAUUUAAUGCCAAGGUUAAUGAUGUAAACGGUCAUGGUAUUGAAUGGAGCAAUGAGAGUGAUCGCCUAUUAGUAUGUCAAAUGUGCAUCAAGUUGGCAGAUAUCAAUGGUCCAGCAAAAGUUAGAGAUCUACACUUGAAAUGGACAGAAGGAAUUGUUAAUGAAUUUUAUGAGCAGGGAGAUGAAGAAGCAAGUUUGGGAUUACCUAUAAGCCCUUUUAUGGAUCGGCGUUCUCCUCAACUUGCAAAGUUACAGGAAUCUUUUAUUACUCAUAUUGUUGGUCCCCUCUGCAAUUCUUAUGAUGCAGCAGGCUUGCUUCCAGGAGAAUGGGUAGACAAGAAAGAAGAUGACAUGGAAAGCUCUGAAGAUUAUGAUGCAGAAGAGUUAGAUAGCGAAGAGGACGAAAUGGAAGACUUUGCUACAAAACUACAGAGAAGAAAAGGACAACAAAUAUUUUGUCAGUUAAUAUACCAUUUGAAUGAAAAUCAUAAAAUAUGGAAGAAAGUAAUUGAGGAAGAAGAGCAAAAUAAAUCAGAAGAGAAUAAGCCAUCAGAAAACACAUAUUUAUGUCAAACAGAUGACAUUCAGGUUAUUGAGGAAGCAGAUGAAGAAGAGGAACGUCAUCAAGGAGAAGAAAAAAUAUAUUAAAAUUUCAAUGUAAUGUACAUAACUAAUUCAAAAAGCUUUGAUUUCUCAUAAAGCUGAGUUUAGUUCAAUGCAGUAGACAGAACUAGACAAGAUUCUGAAUACUGCGAAAG